AUGCUCGGUCAGUUAAUGCUUGAAGGAUCAUCGUUGACUACUCUUCUAUUGGUGGAAUGGCUUCUUUUACUUCUCCCAUUCGCUUUAAGCUUCGGUGUUUGUAUCGUCACGUGUGGAGGCCAAAAGAAACAACCGCCACCGGGAAAACAGCAAAAGCCUCCUACUUUGCAAUCUCCAUCAAAUCCUCCAAAACCUAAAGAAAAUCCAAAAGCAGCAACUACAUCAACAAAAAUAUCAGCGCCAAAACCUCAACAACUUGGUGGAGGUCCUGGUUCAACAAUUCAAGUGCCUUUCUCAAAAGAAAAAAUGCUGUGGUCUGCUGCAAUGACAGACAAAGGGGAUGGCAAGAAAAAAUAAGAAUUGAGAAAAUAUAAAAAUAUUUGAUUGAAAUUGUUGUAUUGUUAUGAGGAUUUGUAAUUUUGUUUUUGUUUGUUUUUUGUGUGUUUGUUUUGUAAAUUUUGUA